UGAAGACCGAUUCAUCUAUUUUCUGGUUCCGGCUAGUGCACAGGUCAAAAUGCAUUUCUUUCACAUUUUGUUCGUAGUUGCUACUUUAUUUCUAGAGGAGAUCUUCGGGCACGGUAUGUUGCUGGAACCACCAAAUAGAAGUGCUUUGUGGAAGUUCUAUCCAGUGGAUAAUCAUAGAGUCGUUCCAAAUUACGACUUAACAGGAAUCUUCUGUGGUGGAUAUUCGAUGCAAUGGGACCGAUUCAAAGGCAAGUGCGGAGUUUGUGGCGACCCCUAUAAUGCUCCUCAUCCUCAGCCGAACGAGAAUACAGGUAAACACGGAAAGUACGGUCCUGUAAGAUCCUACGGAUCAGGUAGUGUGAUCAAUGUUAAAGUCCAGCUAACUGCCAACCACAGAGGAAAAUUCCGCUACAGUCUCUGCGUACUAGAUGACCCAUCCAAACCAGAGAGUGGAGAACAUUGUUUCAAGCCCUUAAAACUGGCUGAUGGAAGGGAAGAAUAUAAGAUUGGAGCAGGAGAACGCAUAAUCCACAAUUCUCUGAAACUUCCUGACGGACUGAGAUGUAACAGAUGUGUUUUGAGAUGGGAAUACAUAGCAGGUAACAACUGGGGAACCUGUCCUGAUGGUAGAGGAAAACUUGGCUGCGGACCUCAAGAGACUUUUAGGAACUGUGCCGAUAUAAAAAUUCAAUAAUUUUUUUUUUUAAUGAUAAAUAUUAUAAAUCCAA